ACCCGGAUAAUGCAGUCGCAUCGCUCUUCCAGCAGCAUGACGACCCUCGAUUCAUUGGACUGAGGGUGAACAAAGCCCUUUGGUUGUUCCUUCAGUCCGUUCACAUCCCGGAAUGGGGCAACCAUGGUGUCACUCCUCUCGACGUUCUCCUCGAGUGAGUCGUUCGCAAAUCGGUGGUAUGAGGCUAAUCCAGUUGCCUGCGCUGGGCAUGAUUGGGUUAUUGAUGCCUGCGCUUGGAGGAGCCAUCGUGCAGCUGAACGACGUCCUGCACGGUGCCAUCUCUCAUGAGCCGGGUCAAAUGGGGCAUCCCAAAAGAAACAUUACUGCCAGAGACUUCCUUGAAGCUUUCCGACGUCAUGAUAAUCGCUUGUCGGACGAGUCAUUGGGGGAUGUCUAUGAUUCCAUUCGUUGCGAGCAUCUGUGUCAAGCGCGCACCCCAACGUCUGGUGGCCCACCAGAUAUCACUGUCAACUUCAAACGCCCACUCCCUCCAUGGCUUACCUAUCGAGUCCAGUCAGAGCCGGUCGUCAUCCGUAUCCCACAACCAGAUCCACAUUUCAGUAUCAAGCUAUUUGGACACGAUCUGGUGUUUGACCCACCUGUGCUGUCAUUUGCGGAGUCGGCGGAAGCUUCUUUCCGGGUGACAGGGCGCUUUUUUGGACAUCACAAGGUGGUUAACUUGUUCAUCAAAUCCGAACUACACACACUAAUAUCCUCGGUGUGAAUCUGUGGGUCCAGUUGUGGGUUGCCCCCCAGUUGGUAGUAGACUUUGACGGAUGGACUUGGUGGAGACGCGGAGCCACUUAGUAGUUUUGAACUACAUAGUAUGCGGUAGUACCAUUUCUUAGUUUCGAGCCUUUAAUUGAAUU